GAAACAACUUGUAAGAACUGUUGGAGCUUCAAAUUUAAAGCAUCUUACCACUGUGCUUUCACAACAAUCCCAUGAGUUUUUUAAUGUCACUGUUUCGGCCCUGGGCCGCUGCACUCCUCUGCUUCAUUUGUAUUCAGUACAGCUGCGUGCUGAUCUGACAUCUCAUCUUCUUCUGUUCCACCUCCAAUGGAUGUUCUUGCCCUGCCUUAAACCCCUGGAGCUGAGGUUGGAUUGGACCAUUCUGAACUACUGCAGUGCCAGGACGACUUUAAAAGGCUCAUUCAUACCAGCAUUCAGGGACAGUUCUUGUUUGGAGGUUGAGCUGCGCGGUGUUUCUGUGAUCAUUUGUGAACCUUUGUGCCUGUGGUUAGGAUGUGUGUGGAGGUUAAAGCUUUGACUUGAAUGGAAACACUAGUAGAUAAUUCUUUGUUAGUUUUCAGUUAGUUGUGCUGCUGCUGUGUAUUUUGAUUUAGAAUUUUCUUGGUAUUGGUCAUCUUUUAUUUUCAUUCAGUUUUCAUAAUGUCAACUUCCAAGCGAAAUUGGCUUUCUGUUAAAUUUAUUUCAUUUUGUUUCUGUCAUACCCAUUUGCUUUUAACGCUGUAGUUUCUCAGACAUCUAUGAUGUGCAGGUCAAGAAGCCUUGUUUGCAUCGUAAAUUUAUGACGAAGAAGACCAGCAUCUAAUCACGCACCAUGGACUUCCCAGGAGUCUGAUUUGGAACCAAAAUGAGUCUCUCCCUGAACUACAGUCUGAACUUACUUAUACAGGUUUGUGUUUGUUCGUUUGCUGUUACUAACAGAGCCCCACUGACAGGACAAAAGCCAGAUCGAUCAACUCUGUAGACACAGGGACCCCUUAUACUUCAACACUAUCAAGUUACCUAAACAUUCCAGAACCUACAAAAACACAUUUCAAACUGUGUUUUUAUAAAUAAUAUAUUAUAGAUGAUAUAAGUGACGUGUCUCAGGUCAGAUACAGCCCCCUCACUUUUUUUGUCCUUAUGUGAACACGCUCCUUUCAAAGUAAAUCCCCCCCUUAUCAUUCUGGAACUCAGCAUUGUUUCACUUUCGUUUUGUUCCCGUCCGGCUACCCUAGACAACCAGGUCAUAACAGUCACAUUGUGAGAGAUGGCAGUAUUUCAUGGACAUUAUUUAAUUGAAGCACCACAUCAUAAUUUCAACACUUAGCAACACUUUUUACAAUUAUUUAUUAAAUUUUUAUUAUCAUUAUUUUCCUCUUUUUAAAAAAAAAUAUUUAUUUAUUUAUUUAGCUAUUUGCAUUUGUAAAAUCUCAUGUCUUCAUAGAGUUGCACCACCUUGAACUGAAUAACAAUAAAAUGAUUUCAAAAGUCAAUGUCAAAUAUCUGUUUCACUAAACUACCAUUUCGAUACUGUUUUGAACCAUUAAACUACUACCAAAAUUGCCAUAUAAAUGUCUCGGCUGAAGAAAUUGUGCAUAGAACACUCAAUUAGCCCGUAUGCACCUGGUUGUAUGAUAAUUGGAAAAACUGAUAUUGAGAUAUUUAGUUUUACUGUGAUGCAUAUGGCAAUACUUUCCUUUUUUCUGUCAAAAUAUUUUUAAACAACUGACCAGGAUAGCGUUAUCAUGGCCAUUUUUGAUGUACACCUUCUAGCCAAACAACAGUCAAACACUAAUAUUUCAUUGAACCGCCCUUAGCUUCGAUUACAGCACACAUUUGUUUUAUCAUUUUAAAAAAAUAAACCUUCUGCUUUACUUUUUUUUUUUUUUGCUCCAUCUUCAUCAACAAUAGGCAAUAAACUAUCAACAGCUUGAUUGACUCAGCUUGCACAUCAAUGCUAGCAUUUUUAUUGCAUGUUAUUUUGUUGUUUGCUAACCCUACUCUAAUCACAAUAUCAGGGUUGAUAAUCCAUGUUAAUGUUAGCUUUUUCUCAGGAGUAGAAGCUAGAUAUUUAGGAAGCUGUUACUGCUGACCAAGAGGACAAACUUGCUCAUGGAAAAAAAGGAAAGAAAAAAAGAAUUUGUCUUAUCCUGAUAAUAUUCAUAACAGGGUUGCCUGAGGUAGAGUGAGACAUUUAAUCAAAGCUGACAGUGUCAUGAAAAUAUGACAAAUAUCAGAGAGGACACAGCUUUGCUCUACCCAUUGUUUAGGAAAACUGUUUGAUGAUGUUAAUCCCAGUGUUUCAUGUGAUUCACUGUUUUCUUCUUCUUCUACCAGAUAUAAAGGUUCUGUUAACAGGGUUGUUGUGGAACACAUGUUGUAUGCAAAAUAAUUAUUUAAAAUAUGAUGUUGAUUUAAAAGAAGAAACGUUUCCACAAUGGCAAAAUACAUCAAUGAAAAAAAUAAAUCCAAAAAAUGAGAUUUUAAUUUCAUUUUAACAAUUUUAUGUCAGAUUCUAUUUGGUCAUCAGGGUGGUGGAACAAGAGAAAAAUGGUAUUUUGGGGGGAACUACAGACUUAUUUGGUAUUUUUGAAAAUAUUUUAAAUAUUUUCAACCAUUCUUUUAUCCUAGUUUUUUUGUUUGUUUCCUGGUUUGUUUGUUUUGAUUAGAAUUGGUCCCAGGACAAGAAUAUUUACACAACAACUUCAUGUUUAAGUAUGUGUACAUGGAUUAUUUGAAAUUUGCUGUGUGGGACGUCAAAUGUCCUUCCAUUCUGAAAGACUCCUUUAAAGUUGUGUCCAGAUCAUCGUUGUUCAGUGUGAAGACAGCAGACCAUCAGAGGUCAUUUCUCCACUGGAUGUUAAGUCUUUUAACCUGAAACGUCACAGCUGAUGUUGAGUCUGUUCACUGCAACUUGAAUUAGAUUCAGAGAAAAGUAGAGAGAAACCAGUCUCAGAAAACUAAUUCUUGAAGGAUCUCUGUGACAAACAUAUUUUGAAACACUCACACAUUUAUCAGCAGUUUUACAUCCAGAAUACUCCUAGAAACAAUAAACUGUGUAAAAAGAAACAUUUCACAUUCAUGUAUUUAUUUAUUUAAUUUUCCCUCUGCCUUUUUUAUGUGGAUCAGAAUUUGUUCAUAGUUUCUUUCUGAAGAAUGCCAAAAACGAUAUUUCUGCUCGAAAUUGUUUGAUCAGAGAGAGAUGGAAAAGAAUGAACAAGGCGGAACAAAAAACUGUUACUCAGUGUUUCCUACCGGAGCUUGUGACACCAGGCGAAAUAAACAAAAGAAAAUCGUUCAGCGGCGUCAGUGCUCGUGAUGUGUGGACUGAGCUGGAGGACGGUUGUUUUGUCGUGUCUCAGAUGAAUAUUUGUUCAGAUGAAGUAACGAUGAGUUCAGUCCAGAAUCUGAGAGAGUUGAUCAACGAGCGACUAACUGCUGCUGCUGAAGAAAUAUUCACGGAGUUUGAGAAAACCAUCGUCAGGUACGAGGAGGAGAUCGAUCGUCAGCGCAGACUGCUGGAUAACAUCUGGAAACCACAAAUAACACAACACACAGCAGCUCUCCCACAGCAACAUGUCUGUAAGGAGGAGAAGGUUCUCACUGACAACCAGCUCAAUAACCGGGAGAUGAUGUCCAGUCUGGACACAGAGCCUCCACAGGUUAAAGUGGAGCAGGAGGAACUCUGCAACAGCCUGGAGAGUCAGCAACUUGCACCGAGUCAGGAGACACAUGCCUUUAUGCUGGUUCAGUGCAAGUCCAAAUGUAAAGAAUUGUCCGGAGAAAUAUUCAGGGUCUUUGAAAAAACUCUUGUGCAGUAUGAGGAAAAGUUUUAUCAUCAGCGCCGACUGCUGGAUGUCAUCUGGACACCCAAAAUGAAGUUACAAUCAAUGGAGCUCACACAGCAACAUGUCUGUAUUGAGGAAGACGUUGUCACUGAGCAGCAACUCUGCAAUCAGGAAAUGAAGUCCAGUCUGGGCCAUGAGGACUCAAAGCCUCCACAGAUAAAAGAGGAGCAGGAGGACAUAGAGCUUGUGCAGAUUAAAGAGGAACAGGAGCAACUCUGCAGCAGUGUGGACCAGGAGGAGCCAGAACUUCCACAGAUGAAAGAGGAACAGGAUGAAGUCUGCACCAGUCAGGAGUCAGAACACCUUGUACUGAAGCAGGAGAUGGAUGUCUUUGUUGUGAGUCCUAUUUGCGUGGAAACUGAACAAAAUAGGAGAAACAGCAGUCACAGUAAAAAUGUAGACAAUUGUGCAAUGUCAGAGGGUCACUUUAAUAAUGACAACACAGAGGAAAAGUCUGUAAAAUGUGGCAUCUGUGGAAAAACUUUUAAGUCUGUGUGCUCUUUAAAGAAACACCACCUUUGUCACACAGGUGAGAAACCGUACACUUGUGAAACAUGUGGGACAUGUUUUAAUCGCAGUGGUACUUUGAAACACCACAUGGUAACACACACAGGUGAGAAACCGUAUCCUUGCGAUGUAUGUGGAAAAAGUUUCACUUUAAGUCGUAGUUUGAAAAUCCAUAUGCGACUCCAUACAGGUGAGAAGCCAUAUUCUUGUGAAACAUGUGGAAAAAGUUUCACCUUAAGCCAUGGUUUGAAAGUCCAUAUGAGAAUCCACACAGCUGAGAAGCCGUAUGCUUGUGAAGAAUGUGGGAAAAGUUUUGUUCAUAGCGCUCACUUGAAAGUCCACAUGAUGUCUCACACAGGUGAGAAACCGUACAGCUGCGCAACCUGUGGCAAAAGUUUUUCUCAACAAUCAGCACUUAGAACACAUAUUAGAAUCCACACAGGUGAGAAGCCAUUUUCUUGCAAAUCAUGUGGAAAAAGCUUCAAUCAAAGUGGUAUUUUGUUGCGGCACAUGAGAACUCACACAGAUAAGUCAGAAUCCAGAAACAUUUUUGGGAAUUAAAUUUGAAACAACUUGUAAGAUUUGUUGGAGCUUCAAAUUCAAAGCAUCUUACCACUGUGUUUUCACAAUUAUGUGAAUUUCUUUCAUGUCACUGUUUCGGCCCUGGGCCGCUGAGCUCCUCUGCUUUAUUUGUAUUAUGUACAGCUGCGCGCUGAUCCUGCACCUUCAUCCAUUCUGCCUCCAUCUAUGAUGUUUAGGUGAAGAAGGAAUGUCCGCUGACACUGUCUUGUUUGCAUAAUAUGUUUAUGACAAAGAAGACCAGCAUCUGAUCCGGCACCAUGGACUUCCCAGGAGCCAGAUCGAUCAACUUCCUAGACAUGGGGACCCUUCUACCGCAACACUAUCAAGUUACUUAAACAUUCCAGAACCUUGAAAACACAUUUCAAACUAUAGAUAAUAUAAAUGACAUGUGUCUCUGAUCAGAUACUACAACCCCCGCACUUUUUUGUAAUUUUCUGAACAUGCCCCUUUCAAAAUAAAUCCCCCUUAUCAUUCUGAAACUCA